AUGACUUCGCUCAUUUCCAAGCAGCUCGCCGACGGCAUUCUUGCCCGCCCCUUCCUGAAGAGCAUCUUCGUCCCCUUCUCCAACUGGUACGCCAACGCUGCCGGCCACCGCAAGCUCGGCUUGAGGCUCCGGAAGACAACACAGAAACUAAUUGCCAAUUUUUCCUUCGACUGCAGAUUCGACGACCUCAUCGAGGAGGAGACCGAUAUCGUCCAGAAGGCCCUGAAGCGCCUCUCCCCCAAGGAGUCCUACGACCGCGUCUACCGCAUCCGCCGCGCCGUCCAGCUCUCCUACCAGCACAAGCUCCUGCCCAAGAACGAGUGGACCAAACCCGAGGAGGACUACCCCUACCUCGGACCCAUCAUCCAGCAGAUCCAGGCUGAGGAGGCCGAGAGGCUGGCCUUUGAGACCAUGGAGGAGGCGGAGAGAGCGAGCCGCGCGCACGAUGCUGUAAAACCCACUGCAGUGCAUCAACAUCAUGAUUGGCGGUGCCUUGUUACCAAUGAGGCUGCAAAGAUGUGGUCGACAAUCGGAAUCAAAAUUACAUCAGCACCUGACAAGAUACAAUCGAAUCUCGGGGCGUACUUCUUGAAUCAUGCAGCUAUUGACGAAUUGAGUUCUCGAUUUGGAUUUUUGGUAGAUCAGAUUCGCACACGCCCGCAAGACGGAUUAGUGAAAGAUGAUCUCACGUCGCCAAAAGACUGCACAAAAAGAGGAUCCGAGGAUGCAAAGGCAAUUCAAGAUAUGGUCAACAUCACUUCACAUCAGAACAAUCUUCACUCCAGACGACUAAAGGCGAGACUCCGUGACUUGCCGCUCAUUGCUAGAGCAAACGCCCCUUUCCAGGUAUCUUCAACUCUACCGCCGCUGGACUUUAACAAAAGUAGCACUCCAUUCACAGACAACGGAAGAAAACCAGACACCGGCGAGUCCAGUAAUGGCAAUUUGCGGGCGGUCUCCAUCUUGUUAAACGACAAUACACAGGGCCAUCGCCGCAUGCAAGAACACCAUCAAGAUAAAGAGGCUUAUGGAGCUGACUACAUUAUCUUCCAAGCAAUGUCUUUCCGUCUACAAGGCAAGAUAAGCGCCCCUCCGUCCCCUUUCCCCGGUCCCACCCUCCGCCCAGUAACACGAGAAGAGAACAGGGACGACGGCUAUCGCAAGACUUUUCACGCAUCAGUCAAGGCCUUGGCCUGA